AUGUUCAAUGCUAAACAUGUAUCUCUACUUUUUCACAAAGUCAACACAUCUACUUUUCAUGCACGCAUAGUUGAUAGUUUAUGUGAUGUCUUAGUUAUUCUAGGAUUUAUUGGAAAUAUAUUGGGACUAUUUAUAUUUUCUUUAUGUCGUCGAACUUGGCGAAUAUCAUCGGUCUAUGCUUAUUUGGCAACUUCUAGUUCAAUAACAAAUCUUCUAUGUGUUAUACGAUAUGCUUUUGUUCUAAAUUCAAAAUUACAAAAUAUUCUAUAUGAAUUAGUCGGACAAAAAUGGUGGGCUUGUAAAAUUUAUGAAUUUUCAUUUUGUUUUCGAGUUAUUUCAUCAUGGAUAACAUUAUUCUGGAUGUUCGAACGUUUAUUGUGCGUUUCAACAAGAUUAAGAACAUUUUUCAAUCGAUGGAAUUCAUUUAAACUAAAAUUUAUUAUUCCAAUUAGCAUCAUUAUUAUUAUUCUUGGUUGUGUUAUUGCACCUCCUGUUUAUAUGUUUCAACCAGGAAUACUUGAUAACGAAAUACUAAUGGAUUUAAAAAUGGACAUCAACAAGACAUAUUGUGAAUUGAAUCCAAAAGCAUCAGUUAAAUGGAAAAAAUAUUUUCACGAAGUUCAUUUUGGUAUGAAUCAUUUUACAAUGCGUUGUCUUUUCUCAGAAUUAAUUCCAACUGGAGCGGUUAUUCUAUUUAAUAGUUAUAUAAUUUAUCAUAUUAUUCGAACAUGGCAACAUUUACAUGAAAUAAAUGGCUCUCAAACACAUAAUAAACAAUCACGAACGGCAUCGUGGAUGACUAAAGUUUUGCUUCUUCAUUCAUUUCUCUUUCUUGCAUCACUUUUAUCACAUAUUGUUGGACAUUUUGGUGCUGUCGAAGCACAUGAAACAUGGUGGGUUUUAUUAGCAAUUUUAAUUAAUUGUUCUUUAAAUUUUUAUAUCUAUUGUUUAUCGGGCAAAGCAUUUCGAAAUGAAAUUCGUAGAUUUAUUCAACGACUUAAAAUACAAGUUUUUCAUAUAUUACAUAUUGAGCAAUAUCAACGACAACAACAACAACAACAACAACGAUAUUGUCAGAAUCAGAAUCUAGCUGAUGAUAUGAACAAUUGUCAAGUCAUUAUUCAACUCAAAUCAUAUGGUCUAAAUGAUUUGGAGGAGCAACAUUCUAACUAA